AUGAGUGCCUUUUCGUCCGUCCUCGGUGCGCCUGGCGCUACUGGAGAUCUCAAGUACGUGAAGAGGAAGCUCAUUGGGACUGGCUCCUACGGCGAGGCGUGGUUGGUGGAGCGCCUCAGCGACAAGGCGAUCUUCGUCGCGAAAACAAUGGACCUUGGGAAGAUGUCGUCUCGUGACCGCACGUAUGCGUACAGCGAAAUCAAAUGUCUUGCGAGCUGCCACCAUCCAAAUAUCAUCAAGUACAUCGAGGACAAGGAAGAUAACGAGCAUUUGCUUAUUGUAAUGGAGUUUGCGGACUCGGGUGACCUGGACCGCCAGAUCAAGGCACGCUCGACCGACUUCAAGCAUUUCCAGGAGCACGAGGCAUUGUUUCUCUUUCUGCAGCUGUGUCUGGCACUAGACCACAUCCACGCCCACAAGAUGCUGCAUCGCGAUAUCAAAGGAGCCAAUGUGCUCCUUACUUCCACGGGUCUCAUCAAGAUUGGUGACUUUGGGUUCAGUCACCAGUACGACGAUACCGUCUCGGGAGUGGUCGCGAACACCUUCUGUGGCACACCGUACUACCUUGCACCGGAGCUCUGGAACAACCAGCGCUACAGCAAAAAGGCAGAUGUGUGGUCACUGGGUGUACUUUUGUACGAGAUCAUGGCGCUGAAGCGGCCAUUCACGUCGACGAACAUGAAGGGUCUCAUGGCAAAGGUUCUGAGCGGAGACUACGAGUCGCUACCCGAAGUGUACUCGGCCGACUUUAGGGACGUGGUUCGCAAGAUCCUUGUCUGUGAUGCGGCGCAGCGGCCGAGCGUGCGGGACAUCUUCCGCUUUCCCUACGUGCGGGAGGGUCUCAAGGUUUUCAUGCACACUAUGAGGAAGAAUUCGCGGAUUGACAACGAGGUAAAGGAGGCACUGAUGGAGCAUGUGACGGUGAUCCUGUCUAGCGAGUCAGUCGAGGAGCCAAAGACUGCCACUGUUGGUCAGAUCAACAAGGAUGUGUUUUUCUCUGGGUACCUGAACAAGCUGAAGGGUGGUGACAAUCAUUCAUGGAAGAGGCGGUACCUCCAGGUGCAGAAGGGUCAUUUCAUUAUGUCGGAGAAGGAGUCGGACACCGAGGGAAAGGCGCUAAGCUUGGAGCACAUCCAGAGCGUGUGCCCUGUUCCUGUGAGCACGGCAAAGCGCAUGCAUGUCUUUGCACUUCACACAACAAGUGGUAAGUCGAUGUGGUUUGAAGCCCCAUCGCUGGAGAGCAUGGAGGAGUGGAUUCACGCCAUUCAGCGCGGCCUCGGCGUUGCGUGA